CUUGCACAACUACUCCUCUAGCCAAAAGUCCUCCUCCAGCUUCUGGUAGGAAGAACAGCCACACGCCCUGCUUGCAAAGAGGAUUGAUUUGAGCAGGUCAUCAGGCAAGACUGGGAGAAGAAACAGGUUUGCAGGUAUUGAUAAAUUCAUCUGUGGAUCAUAGCAGAUCACCAGAUGGGGAAGAAAUUAAAAGGAGAUGGCUUUGGUGAAUCAUGUCAGAAGUGAUUAAAGAAGGAAUCCUGAAGCACAGCUGUUUAGUUUGAGGAAGUGUUUGCAUGGCUUACCCUUUCACCUCUGGCAUGAUCCAAGCUUCUUCUUCCCUCCAUGGCAGCAUCAUAAGGAACCCUCAAGGAUUUGACAUGCCAUCUGAUUUGGAUCAAGCUCUCUUCUUUUACUUUGGUUGCCAGGAACAAGAUAAGCAAUCUAGUCAAGAAGAGCCCCACAAGCCACUUAAUUUUGUAAAAGAGACUCUCAACAUCUUCCCCUCUCAGCCAAUGCAUGGAGAGCCAACUCCAACGGCUACGCCAUCGUCUGCACCGCCCGUCGCCGGAUCGUCUUCGAGGCGAUCGCCGCCGCCGUCGGCAGGCAGGCCACUCGCCGUCGGCAAGGAAACCUGUGAUCGCAAGCAGGGAGAAGGCAGCCGCCGUGGUGGUGGCAAUGGCGGCGGCGGCGCGACGGCAGCGUCAACAAGUUCAGAGCUCGAGGGGCCCAGGACGCCUGACCCCAGGACGCUGAGAAGGCUGGCCCAGAAUAGGGAGGCUGCAAGGAAGAGCAGGCUAAGGAAGAAGGCUUACAUUCAGCAGCUAGAGACAGGCAGGAUCAGGCUGGCGCAUCUUGAACAGGAGAUGCAGUUCACUAGAGCUCAGGGUGCACUCUGGGGUGCUGGAACUAGCCCAGACGCCGCGUGGUUCAGCCUGGAGUACCAGCGGUGGCAGGAGGCGCAGCACGGAGUGAUCGGCCGGCUCCGCGCCGCCGUGGAGGAGCACCGGCCGGACGGCGAGCUGCAGCGCCGCGUGGACGAGGCCCUGUCGCACUACGGGGCGCUGAUGGGCCAGAAGGCCAGGCUAGCCGGCGGUGACCCGCUGCACCUCCUCACCGGCCCCUGGAAGGGCGCCGUGGAGCGUUGCUUCCUCUGGAUAGGCGGCUUCCGCCCCUCGGACCUCGUCCAGGUUGUGCUCCGGCAUGUGGAGCCCCUGACGGAGCAGCAGCUGGCGGCGGUGCACAGCGCGCAGCAAGCGGCGAGGCGAGAGGAGGACGCGCUCGACGGCGCCCUGCAGGCGCUGCUCCGGUCACUCGCCGACGCCGUCUCCUCCGACUCGCCUGCAACGGCGCCGCCGCCAUGGCCGCAGACGCCGAUGAUUUACUACCACCAUGAUCACCAUCCCGCCGCGGCCGCCAUGGCCGCCAGCUUCACGGGGCAGAGCUGCACAAGCAGCUACAGCCUGCAGCUCGCCAUGGACAAGCUGGCCUCCCUCCCCACCUUCCUACGACAAGCGGAUGAGCUGAGGCUGCGAACGCUGCACACACUCCGGCAGAUGCUGACGGUGAGGCAGGCGGCGCGCUGCUUCGUCGCCGUCGACGACUACUUCGGCCGCCUCCGCGCCCUCAGCUUGUUCUGGACCACCAGCAGGCAGCCGACUACCAGCGCGGCUAGGAAUGGAAUCAGCUUAGCUUAACCAUGGACAUGCAAGGGUUGGUUUAGCUCUAGAACGACAGAACGAGAGCAAGAGAAGUAGAAAGUAGCUAGAAAGCAUUCACCAUAUUAACGAUCAAAAUCAAGUAGAAAUUAAGCUUCUGUAGCAGAGUAGGCUGCGGAGUAGUUAAAGUGAUCGAAGAACUAGGGGUAGUGUACAUGUGUGAACAUAGUUGAAAAGAAAACACAAUUGCUACUCAUCAACUAAAUAUUUUCAC